AUGCAGCAGGCCUGCAAAGUGGGGCCCAGUGAGCCUGUGGGGCAUGGGCCUGGCAGAGUGGCUAUUGGUGGUUUCCAGAGAAGGGACCUGGUGGGCCUGUGGAGUGGGAGCCAGUGUCAGUGGGGCAGGAUCCCAGUGGUUCAGAGAUCUGGUCAGCCUGCACAGCAGGGGUCUGGCAGGUCCACAGUUUGGGAGCCUGAUGGAGUGAAGGCCAGAGGGCUUGGAGAGCGGGGGCUAUGUGGGCCUGUGGGCACAGGUUUAUUGGGCAUCAGCUGGCUGUUCUUUUACCAGCACAGAGAAACUCCACUUCAUUUUAAACGGAGAAACCAGGAGAGCCCCCGGGACGCCAGUCACCAGAGCCCAGACAGCUUGGGAAGACAUGAACCAGGUGAUCGUCACGAUGCCUGUCCUGCUUCACAGUGGGGCACAUCUGCAAUCCUAGCUACCCAGAAAGCAGAGAGAGGGAGGAUAGCAAUAUAUACCGUGUACCUGGAAAUUGAAAACCACACACUUGUGUCAGCUUUCACCCUUCAAGUACUCUCAGAUAAUCUUAAAUUUCAGCCACUGUUAUUUGUACUGUUUCUAUCAACAUAUCUGAUCACUGUGUUUGGAAAUCUGCUCAUUAUCCUUGCCACUAUCUUUGAUUCCCACCUCCACAUCCCCCUGUACUUCUUCCUUUCCAACCUGUCCUUUGUGGACAUCUGUUUCAUCUCAACAACAGUCCCAAAGAUCCUGGUGAACAUCCAGACUCAAAACAAAGAGAUUUUCUACAGACAGUGCCUCACUCAGGUAUACUUUUUAAAUACAUUUACAGGAAUGGAUAAUUUUCUGUUAACUGAAUUGGCCUAUGACCGCUUUGUGGCCAUCUGCUACCCCCUGAACUACACAGUCAUCAUGAACCCCUGUUUUUGUGUUGUCCUACUUCUGUUGUCUUGGAUCAUCAUGUUCUGUGUCUCCCUCACACACAUUCUGCUAAUGAAUCAAUUGAACUUCUCCAUAAGCACUGAAAUUCCCCAUUUCUACUGUGAACUGGCUCAGGUUCUCAAAGUGUCCAGUUCUAAUACCAGCAUCAAUAGCAUCUUUAUAUAUCUGAUGACUGCCCUGUUAGGUGUGUUUCCCAUCAGUGGAAUCCUCUAUUCUUACUUUCAGAUUGUCUCCUCCUUAAUGAGGAUGUCCUCCAUUUCAAGCAAGUAUAAAGCAUUUUCCACCUGUGGGGCUCACCUCAGUGUGGUCUUCUUGUUCUAUGGAACAGCACUUUGGGUUUAUCUCAGUUCUGAUGUGACCCAUUCAUCCCAAGACAACAUGAUUGCCUCAGUGAUGUACACUGUGGUCACUCCCAUGCUGAACCCAUUCAUCUACAGUCUAAGGAACAAGGAUGUCAAGGGGGCCCUGGGAAGACUCCUCAGCAAAGCAGCCUCUUCUCUUUCAUGGAUAACAGAUCUGAGAAUAAAGGGGACAUGA